CUUUUCCAGAGUAGAGGGAGAGCCCCUGGAGAAGAGCCUGUUUGCAGUGGGAGUCUCUGCAGCAGCAUUUUAGCAGGAGGAUGAGAGGCGGGAAUUUGCAGUGUCGUGCCAGGCCCCAGGCGCAGAAGAGGGGGAGAGCCAGGCCAGCGGACGUGUGAGCGGAGCUCCCUGCUGGAAUGUACCAGCUCAGCAAGGGAUUGUCCUCCCUGGGCCGGGCAGGCGCUGCGCCAUGAGCCUGGUGCCUGUGACGGCUGCCCGGGCCAUGGCGGCAUCAGACAGCCCCUCAGCUGCCCUCCGGCGCCGCGACCUGUGCAGCCGAGGCAUCCGCCUGGCUGGGAAGAUGCGCUCAGACGUCGUCGACCUCCUGGACACCUACGUGGAGCGGCAGGGCUUGGACGCCUCAGCCAGCGUGGCAGCGGUGGAGGGGGUGCCGGUGGCAGCAGUGGAGCGCUGGGAUGAGCAGACAGGCACCCAGCGGCUGCUGGAGAACCUGGCGGCGUACCGGGCCUUCCGAACCCUGCUGGCCCAGAUGCUGGAGGAGCAGCGGGAGCAGCUGGGUGAGGCUGAUGCUGCCCUGGGCCGGGCGCUGGCAGCCGUCCUGCUCCAGGUCUCAGCUUUCGCCUACCACCUUGAGGAGCUGCUGCGGCUGGAGAGCCGUGGGGCCCCCAGUGAGGAGGGGGCUGGCCCCCCUCCACCCCCCCACCUUGGCCUCUUUGAGAGGAAGCUGCGGGGCCUGGGGGUGCUGCGGGAGCUGGCCCAGUGGGCUGUCAGGUCUGCACGGGACCUGCGGCAGCUCGCCAAGCCCAGCGCGGGCAGCAGCUCAGCCCCCAGCCCGGCUGAGAGCACUUGAAGGCAGGCAUGGGGCAUGGGGGCUCCUUGCCCACCCCUGUGGAGGGCUGCUGACAGCGAAGGGGGUUGUUCAGGGAGGGGGGGGAUGGGAGGCACCGUGUCAUUAAUCCCUGCGCCCCUAUGCUUUUGGUGCUGCUCCCUGUGGGCUCCUUUCCCUGCGGGGACACUGAGGCACGGGCUGCACUCCGCCCAAGGGAGUGGGGGUCCGCAGGUGGGGCAGGCCUUGGGGGUGGCUCAGGCUCUGUCUGCUGGGGGGUUGGAAUGACCCCCUGGGAAGCAGCUUUGCCGCUUACCCCAGGGCCUGGAGACCAUGACCCUCAGCAGGCUAUGGCGGUGCUGGCCUUGUCUUUAAAAUUUGGUUGCUGCCUAGCUUGCCAUGGCUAGGUGCUGCCUCUGGCUGACAGAAGCUGCCUUGGGGUGCUUGUGGAGGCAAGGCAGGAGCAAAGGGGCAGAAAUAUACCACCUGAAGAAAGGGGUCUUGGGACCUGCCCUCUAGCUGCAAGAUUCAAGGCUUGGCCUCCUUCAUGUGGACUCUUUUCUCCUGCCCGGCUCACGCUUUUGUGCAUAGAAUUUCAGCUCUAACUGCCUGGGGGGCUUU